AAAAAGUUGCAGCUGGCAACCCAGCGAAUUAUUCAAUUUUUCGUCUUUCUGUGUGCACUUUUACAUUUUUCUGCAGUGAAUUUUUCAACACGGCCAAGUACAUUUGCUAAUUUGCUGCACUGGUCUUUUAUUUGUUCUGUAAUUUCUUAAAUCUGGGGGAAAAUAAAAUAAUUAUUGAUUUUGUUGCGAAAUUUUUGUUAAAUCUAUUUUUCUCUGGCCUAACGAUUAUAUCGACAAGUUUUAAAGCGAUGAGCUCAGAAUAAAAGUUAUUUCUCAGUGUGUGAUUGGCGAAAGUGCACAUAAGAUUGUGAACGGUAAAGAAAGUAAUAAAAAAGACUGGAUGAGCUUUUAGAGAAGUUUUGUAAACACGGAAUUUAACAAACAAAUAUUUUCAAAUUGCAUGAAUAAGUGACACAAAACCAAAAGAAAAAGUAAAGACUAAAGGCCUUAAAAUAAUAUAAUCAUAACGCUGUGUAAACGCCAACCAAUUGCGGCUGUUCCAGUAUGUCGAGUCGCAGUCGCGCAAUACUCAAUGUGAAUCUCGACGCAGCAAUGGCCAACGAUCCAUUGCGAGAGCUCUUCGAAGCAUGUAAAACUGGUGACAUUGCAAAAGUAAAAAAAUUAAUUACCGCACAAACUGUCAAUGCGCGCGACACUGCUGGACGAAAAUCGACACCACUGCAUUUUGCAGCAGGUUAUGGCCGUCGUGAGGUCGUCGAAUUUCUUUUAAAUAGUGGCGCUUCCAUACAGGCUUGUGAUGAAGGCGGCCUACAUCCAUUGCAUAAUGCUUGCUCUUUUGGGCAUGCUGAGGUGGUUCGAUUACUCUUGAAGGCCGGCGCGAGUCCCAACACAACGGACAAUUGGAAUUAUACACCAUUACAUGAAGCGGCGAGCAAAGGAAAAGUGGACGUUUGCAUAGCGUUGCUCCAGCACGGUGCCAAUCCGAAUAUACGCAAUUCAGAACAGAAAACCCCACUUGAAUUGGCCGACGAAAACACACGACCCGUGUUGACUGGCGAAUAUCGCAAAGAUGAAUUACUGGAAGCGGCGCGCUCGGGCGCUGAGGAUCGCCUACUGGCAUUGCUUACGCCGCUUAAUGUAAAUUGUCACGCCAGUGAUGGUAGACGUUCGACGCCGCUCCACUUAGCGGCCGGCUACAAUCGCAUUGGCAUUGUGGAAAUACUGCUGGCAAAUGGCGCUGAUGUGCAUGCCAAGGAUAAAGGCGGCUUAGUGCCUUUGCAUAAUGCCUGCUCUUACGGACAUUUUGAGGUGACAAAGUUGCUGAUUAAGGCAGGGGCCAAUGUGAAUGCAAACGAUUUAUGGGCGUUUACGCCAUUACAUGAGGCAGCGUCAAAAAGCCGCAUUGAAGUGUGCAGUCUGCUGUUGAGCAAAGGCGCUGAUCCGACGCUGCUUAAUUGCCAUAAUAAGUCGGCGAUUGACUCGGCGCCCACAAGGGAGCUGCGUGAACGCAUUACAUAUGAAUUCAAAGGACAUUGCGUGCUGGACGCAUGUAGAAAGGGGGACAUGGCGCGUCUUAAGAAAUUUCUCUCUUCCGAAAGUGUUAACUUUGUACAUCCAUAUUCUGGCGACACACCACUGCAUGCUGCCGCUGUUUCGAUUGAUCCCAAACGCAAGCAGAUUGUUGAAAUUCUUAUACGCAAAGGUGCAUUGCUUAAUGAGAAGAACAAAGCAUUCCUCACACCACUUCAUCUCACAGCAGAGCACUUACACUAUGACGUCAUGGACACACUUUUAAAGAAUGGUGCUAAAGUAAAUGCCUUGGAUGGUUUGGGUCAAACUGCAUUGCAUAAAUGUGCUAGAGAUGAGCAGGCGGUGCGCCUGUUACUAUCUUAUUCGAUCGAUACAACUAUUAUAUCAUUGGAAGGUUAUACCGCAGCACAACUGGCCUCUGAUGCGGUGCUGAAGAUAUUUAAAGAUCCGCCAGAUACGGAAACCCAUCUGUUGGAAGCUGCCAAAGCGGGCGAUCUUGACACAGUGCGUCGCAUUGUGCUCGCCACACCGCACACUGUAAACUGCCGCGAUCUGGAUGGACGUCACUCCACUCCGCUGCACUUCGCCGCCGGCUUUAAUCGUGUGCCCGUGGUUGAGUUUCUAUUGGAGCACGGCGCAGAGGUGCAUGCCGCUGAUAAAGGGGGUUUGGUACCACUGCAUAACGCGUGUUCGUAUGGACAUUACGAGGUCACGGAAUUGCUGGUGAAGCAUGGCGCUAAUGUGAAUGUAUCCGAUUUGUGGAAAUUCACACCGCUACAUGAAGCCGCCGCGAAGGGCAAAUAUGAUAUAGUGAAAUUGUUAUUAAAACAUGGCGCCGAUCCGUCGAAGAAAAACCGCGAUGGUGCAACGCCAGCUGAUUUGGUCAAAGAAUCGGAUCACGAUGUCGCGGAAUUGCUGCGAGGCAAUUCAGCGCUACUUGAUGCCGCGAAGAAAGGUAACUUGGCGCGUGUGCAACGCUUAGUCACACCGGAAACGAUCAAUUGUCGUGACGCGCAAGGUCGUAACUCAACACCAUUACACUUGGCGGCUGGUUACAACAACUACGAGGUCGCUGAAUAUCUACUAGAGAAUGGCGCCGACGUAAACGCACAGGAUAAAGGUGGUUUGAUUCCAUUGCACAAUGCGUCCUCCUACGGACACUUGGAUAUUGCGGCGCUUUUAAUUAAACACAAGACUGUGGUGAAUGCCACCGACAAGUGGGGCUUUACGCCGCUACAUGAAGCUGCGCAAAAGGGUCGCACACAGUUGUGCGCUUUAUUGCUUGCACACGGCGCUGAUCCCUACAUGAAGAAUCAAGAAGGCCAAACACCAAUCGAAUUGGCGACAGCAGAUGACGUCAAAUGUUUAUUGCAAGACGCCAUGACGACGUCGCUAGGCGACUCAAAUCUUAGCGCUUCGCAGCAGUCAUUACUCAGCAAUUCUCCCUCGCCAGCGCCAACAGCUGCUGGGGCAGCAGCAGCAGCAAGUACUUCGGCCGCAAGCGCUGGCAGUCUGACGGCUGCCGCAGCAGCUUGUAAUGUGCUCUCACCAACCACAGAGACUGUAACACUACCUUCUGGCGCUUCGAUGACGCUAAGUGUGCCGGUACCGCUACCGCUGUCUACGCGCAUCAGUCCGGCACAGGGAGCUGAAUCGAACUCGGGCGACUUAACAAGUUGUGAAGAGGUGCCCGAUCCUGAGUCCAUUACCAAUGUGGCCAGUUUCUUAUGUAGCCAACAACUUGAACAUUUGAUAGAUCUCUUUGAGCGUGAACAAAUCACGUUGGAAAUACUAGCCGAAAUGAGUCAUGAGGAUUUGAAACAAGUAGGCGUGUCUGCGUACGGAUUUCGUCAUAAGAUCUUGAAAGGUAUUGCGCAGCUGCGCGCCACUACAGGCAUUGGUAGCAAUGUCAAUCCAGGCACUCUAUUAGUGGAUCUCUUGCCAGACGAUAAGGAAUUUCUCGCGGUCGAAGAGGAAAUGCAGGCUACCAUACGUGAACAUAGAGAUAACGGCCAAGCGGGUGGUUAUUUUACACGCUACAAUAUUAUACGCGUGCAAAAGGUGCAGAAUCGUAAACUCUGGGAACGUUACGCACAUCGGCGUCAUGAAGUGGCAGAAGAGAACUCCAUACAGGCCAAUGAACGAAUGCUCUUCCAUGGCAGCCCGUUCAUUAAUGCAAUUGUGCAGAAAGGCUUCGAUGAACGACAUGCCUAUAUUGGUGGUAUGUUUGGCGCGGGUAUUUACUUCGCAGAACACAGCUCAAAGAGUAAUCAGUAUGUGUACGGCAUUGGUGGUGGUAUUGGCUGUCCCUCGCAUAAGGAUAAAUCAUGCUAUGUUUGUCCGAGACAAUUGCUCUUGUGUCGCGUUGCAUUGGGUAAAUCAUUCUUACAGUAUAGUGCAAUGAAAAUGGCGCAUGCGCCACCCGGUCAUCAUUCAGUGAUUGGUCGGCCAUCAGCAGGUGGCUUACACUUCGCUGAAUAUGUGGUCUACCGAGGGGAGCAGGCCUAUCCGGAGUAUUUGAUAACGUAUCAGAUCGUCAAGCCUGAUGACAAUAGUAGCGGCAAUGAAGAAACGAGAUGAUGGCCAUCAGUCGGUUCCACUCCUACUACUACUUCGCCUGCACAACAGCAACAUCAACAUCCACAGCUGCAACAGCAGCAACAACAACAACAACAACAAUUGACACACCAACAACCUCAGCAACAGCAGCAGCAUCAACAGCCACAACAACAGAGAAGACAUCAUAAUUCUGUUAUAGCAACAACACAUCACACACAUCCGCAACCGAAAUUGCAACAACAGCAUUCACUGCCACUGCAGCUGCAGUAUCAUCAUCAUCACGCGCAUAAUCAGCAACAAAUGGUUACCACGACGCAGCCAUCGCCGGCUGGCACAUUCAUUAGCCAAACCGCCGGCCUCAUAACAACUGUUGCCAAUGGCAACAUGUUGGGUCACAGCGGCGACAUGUCACCGCUCUCUUCCAGCAAUUCCUUCUCAUCGGUAGACACCAAUCAAACGCUACUAAACUCAAUUGCCAAUCAAACAGCGCAGCAGCAGCAGCUUCACUAUCAAUAUCAACAACAGCAGCAGCAACACCAAAAAUCUUCACAUAUGCUACCGCAGCUUCCGCCGCCACCACUACCACCACCACCUAUCAGCAAUAAUAGCAGCAACGGUGUCAAUCGACACUCAGCAAGCAAUCGCUCAUAUCGCACCAAAUAUGGGCAAUUCAUGAUAAUCACACCAGCUGUCUCCAUCGAUCGAGAUUAUGAGCAUGAUGAAGCAUUUGGCAGUGGUGGCUCUGCGGCUGCAGCGCUCACUAAUAAUUUCGAUUUUGAUGAAGAGGCCUACUGCAAUGACAACAACACCAAUCCGGUGAAUGGGAAUAAUAAUAAUGCCAAUAAUGGCAAUAUAUUUCGUAUGUCGCUAUUAAAUCGGAGCAGUAGCAUUGACAGUGGCAACAGUAGUGACAGAUCAUUCCGCUCCAACUAUAAUCCCUAUCUACAUCACAGUCGCCAACAUUUAUUACCCAAGACAGCGCCGCACUUCUAUACAUUCUCCUCGUGGCGUUGGUGUACACUAAUAUGCGCCGCAAUGCGUUGCUUUGGUGGUGGCCAUAGCUCGAAUGCGCCGUAUAGCACAAGCUUUACACGUCCGCCUUAUCAACGUUCGCGCAGUUCCGGCGCGCAAACCAGCCGUUCCUCGCAGCCACAUCAUCGUCUGCGCUCCUCCUCGUUCACAGCCGAAACGGCUUUUGAGCAUUUCUCAGCACCAUUUAAGUCGCGUAGAACACGUGAUCACCUCAACAACAUCACAUACGAAUUGUGACGGUGGCGGCAACGAUCAACACGUCAACACCAAUGUCAAUUGGAAAAGAACGAACCGAACUUCAUGUUGGUGUUAGCAAUUGCAAAUGAACUAUUACGUAUAAUUCGAACGAAAGCGUUUAGAGCAUUUUUUGAUCUCGUAUUCGUAUUUAUAUUCGAUUUGCUUGUAAUCGGCGGUGCGACGAAGCCACAUGGCCGAAGUUAUUUGAACGCCGAAAGCACAGUAACGCCGUAUUCCACUAUGAAUGUUUAUUAUUAUUAUUACUUAUUUUAAAGAAAAAGAAUAACAAAAACGAAAUUAUAUAUAUAUAAAAAAAAAAUACUAUUACUCGUAUUACACUCUUAUAUUUACUCCAUAUUUCUUGUACUUUUAACUUAUAGUCGUCGUCGUGUUUAAAGAAAAAAAGUAAGAAAAAUGAAAUAUAAACAUAUACAUACAUACAUACAUGCAUACAAACAAACAUAUGUAUUAUGUAUGUAUGUUAACUCAUAAACUUUAGGUAGCAAUAUGUGUCAGCAGGAUGCGAAUAGAAUGAUGAAAAUUUUGAACGGAUCAAAAUUAAAUAAAAAAGAAAAAAAAAACGUUUUGGAAAACCGAAGUGGCGAAGCAAAAAAUCAAAAGCAGCAAACAGCAAGAGCACAGAAAGCAAUCUUAUAAAUUCUAAAAUAUUCAGACAAGUGGUAGGGAUAGGCCAUGGUCUCGUGGGCGAGAAAAUUGAAAUUAAAUGUAGCAGCUUUAAUUGUGCGAUGGCAGGAAACAACAAAUAUUUCUGUACACUCUUGUAUAAAGCUUGUUUCAUAUAAUUAUAUUGCAUGGUUUAAAAAUAUACAAUAAAAGCGGGUCUGCAAUCCGCACCGAGAUGGUCGGUGCCAGAACUAUGAAAUCAGCUGGAUUCUCGAACGUUUAGCAACAACGCUAUAGAAACGUGGUGUUUAAUUGUUGAUUAAAUUUGAGUCACUCAAGUGAAGAAAAACGCAUUUGCUAACGUCAUUGCAUUUGCGAAACGAAAUCCAUUGAAUUAAGCUGAAAUCUGCUAUUGUAGCUCAUAUAAGCUAAUAUUCUAGCUGAUUGACUGGUUGAUAUACACAUGCACCUAUGUGGGCAGUACAGCAAUUUUUGAGUGAACAUUGGUGUUUUCCAAAAAAAAAAAACUAAAUCGAAAAUUUAGUGAAGGAUUUGUGGCAACACUUCAAAGAAUACAUAAAAUAUUUACAAUUGUGGGCGGAUUCAAGUUGUUAUGAACUCGGCUUACAUAUGUUUUUAGGCAACCAAUGAUUGUCACUUCGGCAUUAGAAAACAAAAACUAAAAUAUUGCAACUUAUUUAACUCUAAAUAAAUUUCAUUCAAUGCCUGCAGACGGCGCCAAGCAAUUGUGUUGUGUUGGAACAACAAAAUCGUCUAUAUUUGUCGUGCAUUAAUUAAAGAGAAAAAACUUACAGUAACACCAAGAAGUAUAUAUAUAUAUAUAUUAUAUAUAAAUAUAUACAGACAUACAUAUAAAUAUAUUUAAAAUACCAUAUUUUAAUUAAGUGACUUUAAAUGCGUAACCAUAAGUGUUUACAAUUUACGAUCUUCAAUCCAUUCUCUCUAUACAUAUAUUAUUAUUGAUGUAUAAAUGAUAAUUGCAUGAAGAUAUAAAAUAAAAUAAAAAAUUAAAUAAA